AUGGCUGGUCGUGCUCGCACGCGCUACCAGUCAGGACGAAGUCGUUCUUCCCGGUCACCACCUCCACCCGACGUGCCUCAAGCCAAGUCGCCGGCAACGCUGUCAAGCCCCCAAUCAACUUCUCCCACCCCGACUGGUGACGACUCGGAAUGGGAAGAAGAUGAGCAAAAUGGUGCAGAGGAAGAAGAACAGGAGGAACAGGACGCCGAUGGCGAGUCUGAUAAUCCUGCUGUUACCGCACCGGUCAAGCCAGCUAGGGCGCGCAAUGUCCAACGCCUGCGCGACGGUCCAUGCUAUUUUGUGGCCGACUGCCAGGAGGACGUUCAGAUGCGCAAGUGCGUCUCGCACUACUUUGGACGUAACAAGCGAUGCACCCGCAUGCUGCCUCAUCGCGAGUGGCUGUAUGCGUGUCGCCGUCACUACCAGCGCACGCGCUACCGCCAGGCGUCAACAUACCCCUUGAUGCAGGCUGAUAUUCUGCGACAGCAGGUUGCCCGUUUCCACACCUGGUCUGAGGCCAACCGCACCUCGGGUCGUGGCCUCGUCAUUACCGGCUGGACGCUCGCAUUGCAGAAGAAAGAGCAGGACAUGGUUGACAGCCACUCCCCUGAAUCGAUGGUGCCACAAUGGCUCGCAGCACGACGCGGCCGCGGCCUCACUACCAACGACCUAUAUCAAAUCAUUGAGCGAGUCACGCAUGAGCUUCAGGAACGUCACUAUGAACACAUUCCUCUUUUCGAGUUCUUACCCGAGUAUGACGAGAGUAGGGCGCAGCCUGGCGAGAUUCCGCCCAACACCCGCGACAAGAAGCGCGGCGAACCCAAGCGCAAACAGAAGAAGCGUCAAGGUCUGAAGCGGGCCUACGAUGCAAGAGUCGGCGCAGGUAGUAGUACUCCAAGGCGGGAUUUGCAAGACCAAAUGGAUCUCAACCCACUGCCGUACGUCGCCCAGCAGCAGCAGCAGACUGGUGCUCAUGCCAACCUCGCUACCGCUCAGGGGUUCAGUCCCUACCAGCAAGCUGUUCAAACUCGCGCUGCUGGUCAGUUCUAUGAGCAGCGACCCAUCGAACCUACAGUACACCCUUCUCAUGCUACCCAAGAUGAGCGUUACGAACACGUUUACCUGCAUCGCCGAGAAUCCCGCGGGCCUUUCUACGAUGAGCAGUACGGAUCCAACGCCAACGGGCUUCACCUCGCGCCGUUGCGCGAACAGCAUGAGUACCACGAGUACUCAGCCUUUCCCCGGGAUACUCGUCCACAAGCCUCCCGCAGCCUGAGCUUCCAGGGGUCUUCCAACGCUGACCUUCGCUACAUGCAGCAUACACCAGCGAGCGUGUACACCUCCGCCCACGAUGUCGAGCUUCGCCGCCAACAAGCGCCUCACAUGGCGCCAACGGCCCCUGGUCUGGCGCGGCAUGGCAUGUCUUCCGACUACGCUGUCUCGUCCUAG